GCUCAAGCCGUCAAAAAUGUCGAAACGAGGACGUGGAGGAACGUCUGGUAACAAGUUCAGGAUGUCGCUGGGUCUUCCCGUGGCGGCGACGGUGAACUGUGCAGACAACACAGGUGCCAAGAACCUUUACAUCAUUUCGGUGAAAGGGAUCAAGGGUCGUCUUAACCGAUUACCUUCUGCUUGCGUCGGAGACAUGGUGAUGGCCACAGUGAAGAAGGGAAAGCCUGAUCUCCGUAAAAAGGUUAUGCCUGCUGUCAUCGUUAGGCAGAGGAAGCCUUGGCGCCGAAAGGAUGGUGUCUUCAUGUACUUCGAAGAUAAUGCUGGAGUUAUUGUUAACCCCAAGGGAGAGAUGAAAGGUUCUGCGAUCACUGGUCCCAUUGGGAAAGAGUGCGCUGAUCUCUGGCCAAGAAUUGCUAGUGCUGCCAAUGCCAUUGUCUAAUGAUUAUAACACCAACGGUUCACUAGUGUGUCUUUGUUGCCCUGUGUUUGGGUUAUCUUGCUUAAUCUUGUUUGAGUUCUAAAUAUCUCAAAAACAAAUUGGAGGAUUUUGGUAGAUGGUAUUUUCAAUUUUCUGACAUUAUGUGCGACAUUUAUUUCAUUUUGGUUACUCAUACUUUUCUUAGUGUCUAGGUAACGUACUAGUAUAAAAUCACAAUCCUUGGUCCAAUCAUUUCACGUUUU